CUCAUUCACGUACUCGGUAGUAAAUGUUUAUGUGGACUUGUGCGUGGCAUAAGUUAUAUGCCGGAACUUGACAAGCGAUUGGAAUUAGAAACUAAAAGCUGGACCAGUUUUCCGGAUCUGACAUGUAUACUAAUACUACAGAAAUGUCAGAUUUGGACGACCUAUGGGACAUCUUGGAAUUCACGUCAGAGGAAGAUGCCUUGUUCCUGAAGGAGGAGAUGCUUGGCACAACCAUUGAGCACCAGAUGGACGUGGCGGACAUUCUGAAUGAGACCAUAGAGAAACCAACUAGUCCGGACUCUACCACGACGCCAGCGCCCUCACCCCUUCUUCCACCCUGUAGGGUUUGUGGCGAGAAAGCGUCAGGCUUCCAUUAUGGAGCAAACACAUGUGAAGCAUGCAAGGGAUUCUUUAGACGAAGUAUUGUCAAGGUUCAGAACAACAAAGAACAGUACAAAUGUAUCGGGGAAGGCAAGUGUAACAUCAAGCCGGGAAAACGAAGCGCAUGUCCAUUGUGUCGGUAUAAGAAGUGUUUGGAAGUGGGAAUGUCUCACGAAGCAAUCAAGACCGGACGUUACACCUACGAGAAACGUACGCGUGAUACACAAGAGGUUAAAAAGUUACAGCAGCAGAAUAAUUCCGUCGAUCAUCGGUCAGAACUCGACUUAGACGACGAUGAAGCUUUGGCCAUCAUCGAACCAAUGUUGGAAGUCCAGAAAAGAUACUGUCCUUUAACCAAUCUAGACCCGGAUAUGAAGUUAGAGCUACGGAAACGACAGGAAAUUAUAUACGAACAAUACAAAUCCCGGGUAGAACUAUUUGGAACUAUGUCCACCCUUCCUCCAGAUGUUCACCAAGAGUUUAAACAACUGACUGGUAUCGAUUUGGAUAACCGUGAGGAGUUGAUGGCAAACAUUGCCUGUCAGAUGGAGCAUGGUUUGCGAAACAUGGUGGAGCUUGUUCGUCUCAUACCGGGCUUUUCGGAACUAUCUGUGGAGGACCAGACAAAUUUAAUAAAAUCGAGCCAUUUUGAAUUCUGGAUUCUCAUGGAAUUUCGAAUGAUCAACCCUGAGCUCUCGGUGGUGUCCGGUUGUAUCAAUGCCCAUAAGGAUGACUUUGCAAAACUGUUUGCAGCAGAACACACAGACGAAGUGUUUAACUUCGCAAGAACAUUGCAUGCUUUGAAUAUGAAUACUGAGGAAAUAGUUCUGCUUCGUGGAGUAGUUGCUACAUUCAGAGAUCGCUGUAAACUUCAGGAGCCAGAGAAGGUGGAGAAAAUCCAGUGGAAACUUUUAAAUUGUAUCCGGUGGUUGGCAAAGAAAAAUGAUCUCAAUCCAGAUAGAAGAAUACGUCUGUUACUAGAACGUUUGACAGCAUUACGGUCAUUGACGGAAUGCAGUCACAAAAUGAACAAGAUCAAAUCGGGAUGGCCGGUGAUGUCGAAACACCCUCUUCUACUGGACUUAAUCAAAAGUACACCAGCAUAAAACAUUUUGCAAUUAGGAAUACCAACCUUACGGACAUCUGCAACACAAUAUACAAAUCAAAGAGAUCGAUGUUAAAGAAUAUCAAAUUCGGCUUCUCUGGAACAUAUGACACUGGCUUAAUAACAAGGAAGAAAUCCAUCGGCUUCUUUAAAAUAUUCUAAAAUACUUCUGCAAAGCUUUUUGUGUUUUACAAUGUGUAGUAUAACGUGUGAGACGCGAUAGCUUACAACAAACCCAUUACCGUUUGGCAUUAUAUCUAUGACAUUGAUAUCGUGCACCCACGUGAUUCUGAGCUUAAAGAUAUAUUAGGAUGGAGUUGAUACCAAACUCUUAAGAAUAUAUAUGUGUGUGCCAUGUGUCAGUGUGUAGUGAAUAUAAAACGAAUAUAUAUGUAUUGGGUUACAUGUAUUAAGUGAACUGUUUUUAUGGAUGCCAAUAUCUUAAUUUGAUAAUGUAAAGCAAAUAUCCUGAGAAGCGCAACCAGUGCUCCAUCUACGGCAUACUGACUAUCGAUUUGAUGUUGAUGGGAAAAGAAAUGAGUUUUAUCCAUACUAAAAUUUGCUUUAUUUUUGGUAAAACUUUAUAGACGAUUAUUAUUUCAUUUCAUUUGUAUUUGUUUUGAAUAGUACGAUGAAGUAAUCUACAGGGUAAUUGUGGCAGAAACUACUACCAUGAAAUGCAUUUAUAGAUCUAUAUUAUCACCAGGUAGACCAACCUGUGAUGUUAUUUGGAAUAUUUUAAUAGUUUUUUUUAUCCUCACUGAUUAACGUUUGAUAGUUUACUUUUGUUAUGUAUGGGGACGUCAUUAUCGGAUCUUCCUCAAUGAGUCUAGAAUUUCUCCUUCCGAUAGCUUGUACAUUUGCUUUUUUUGAUAUACACUUUAAUUUGAAUUCCUUAGAAUAAAAAAAAGCUUGUGUUAUUUUGUUCUAUCUACGUACAAUUGUAAAGGGUGACAAGUAUUGACUAUACAUAUGUUAGCCAAACGGGAACCACCCUGACAAUAGGUUCAUUUAAAAAUCGAUAACGAGACAUCAACGAGAAUAUCUUCAAAUUGUUUCUAAAGAAAGAUUUUCACACAAUUUGAAAAGUUUAUAAUUGGUGAUUGUCAAUUUCGAUGAUUAGUUGAUUAUAUGUACGAUUGCCUUUGUUUAUUGUUAAUUACCUGUGUGUGAUACUAUUUCUGAUGUUUACUGUUAUGUUUCCUUUUUAACAAAAAUGAUAGACCGUUUCUCUCAAUCGAAGGGAGAUUACUACGGUCGAAAUCAUGAAAUAUGGUCUUCAGGUUGGCAACCUUUUAAUGUUUAAUAAAAUGUACGAUUUGGGCCGUUUCGGUGACUACCCUGUCAUCUUAACCAAACAAAUGGCCCAUAACACCUAAGUACACAUUGCUGCUAACUGGUCAUUUGCCUGAUUAAGGUGGUAAUGUAGUCACUGAAACAUCGCACUCACAUUAUACACUAGCUGUGAUACACUUCAAUGCAAGGGAGUUAAGUACGAUUGUUAUCAUCUCGAUAUAAGGGGUGUAACUACAGUAAUUGUAAUUCUGUCAUGUUGAUAGUUUGGUUUGAUCUUUAUAUCACAAGCGUCUGACAUAAAUGACGCUAAGGUAAAUUAUGUCAAGUGUUACCAGUGUGCUUUACUUGCUUAACCAAUAGUUGAUUUAAUAAUUGGUCCUAUUUAAAAAAAAAUUGACGUAUACCCUGCAUAAUGAUUUUGACCAUUUUUGAUGGAAUCUAAUCUGAAAAUGUUCACGUAAUUGAUGAAUAUAUUGUGGCAGCAUGUUUCAUCACUUGUCAUUCGAUGGCCUGCUGUUAUAGCAGACGAUUUUCCACGUAUACAUAAAGAGUGUAAAAGAUUUUUCAGUAUCUUCUCUAGUAGACUUGAACGCGUGAGUUUUGUGUGAGGUUGUUUGGUUUGAUAGUUUUCUGUUUUAUUCUGUUAUAUCUAAAACUAAAUUCUUAGUUCUGGCAUUAAAACUAUAUUUCAGAAAAAAAACUCAAAAAAUAUUUCAGAGUGUUUUAUAACAUAUUUGUCGUAUUAGAUAUACGAGUAAAUUAAACAGAGAGAAAAUAGUUGUGGAUUUAACCCUUCCAGCCAUCUUUAAUAAUCUGUCGAUUUUUAUUUUGACUUUAAAGUAUAUCACAUGAUAAUCAAGUGCGAAUAGUGCAGCCUAAUGGAUCUAACCCUUUAAAUGAUGUACACCACAAUGUAAUAAGAAACAAAACUACUAUACAACCCAGUGAUUUUGAUAUAAACCAUUUUAUAGAUGUCACGGUUAUGCAAUUGAAUUUCAAUAGGCAAUGCAGUCUCAGUAAUGUGUCUCAAUGUCGUUAAUGUAAUCUGAAAUCUGAAAUACUGAAUGUAGGUCAAUACUUAGAGUGCCUCGAUAUUUCCUAUGUGUAUUCAAUUGGUGUUCAAAUGAAUCAAAGAUAUAUACAAUACAUAUUUAACUACUUCCUGCCAGCAGCACUGUAGGGUUUCAUUUGAUAUAAUCCAUCUGGAAUUGAUAAUAACCUCACUGAAUUUAUUGGUACGAGUUUGAAUAUUUAGUUAUACACUUCAUUAAUUACUGUGAUAAAUGACAAAUAUUUUAUUAUUGUCCGCUCUUAAGUUUUAUAUUAUGUUUGAGUGAAGUUCAUUAAGUCUGUCGAAGCUUAUAUAUUAAAAGAUCAUUCUCGUUAUGGAAUGUAAGUUACAGUUAGAAAUGUUUAAAAUCUCUGGGAAACAAUUUUCUGGUAUUUCGUAUAAAUAAUGGAAAAUUACCCAUUAACAAGGUGUGUAUGAAAUAACCAGAUAAUAGCUGAGUGUGAGGGUCAAGUUUCGGAUAUCACAGGAAUAUGUACUGUAUAGUUAAAUUUCACGAAAUUUUGAUUUUUAUAUUUUGUAGUUGGCCUUGUCUGACGUAGUUUGCGGUAUUAAAUUCCCCACAACCACGCCUUUUAAACCUUCUGUAGUAAUCUGUGCUAUAAGUCGUUUAUAUAUAUAUAAAUACAGUAUUUCACAAAAUAUAAAAGCACAGAUAUGUUCUUCACAUCAUAUCGGAACUCUAAAUUUCUUUCGGUUCUUAGUAAAUAAUGAACAAAAAAAAUAUAUAUUAUAUUAUUAUAUUGUGAAAAGAAACAUAUUUAGCCUGUAAGUCUCCGGUAAAACAUUUGUCAUCCUGGUGUCGGCGUGUAUAUUGUAUGCAUCCUUAUAGAACUUGAUCUUUGUUUAAAUGACAUGACCUGUCACUAGGAUGUCAAUAAAUGUCUGUUGUCGUUCGAUCUCGCCAAUCUAUAGCAUGCCUAUGAUAAUUAAUUCGGAGUUGUAGCUUAGGUUUGUGGCUACAUUGGUGUGUCACCAUACCGUUGUAUAUAUGUAUCAAGCUGUUUAUAACAGGUGCUUAGUAAAUAAGAAAUUCGUAUAUUUGCUAAGCAACAGCGCUUUGAUUACCAUCUUCAGAUGUAUAUAAUUAUGUAGUUGCAACCUUCUACAAUCUUAAACAACAAUUAGUCAUCAACCUGACGUGUGUCUACGAUGAUAUAGUUAGCUUUAUGAGGUUGAAUUAGUGUUCGUUAUUAUAUCGACAUGUGCAGACUGUAGUUUAUAUAAAACACGCCUAUGCUCUACCGAAUACUACAAUGGGUGAAAUCUUGUCGGAACACAUGGAUAACACAUUGGUGUGCUUAUGUAUAGAGAAAAGAAGAUAAAGUAAAUAACUGGACAUUUCCCUCCAACCUCCUACAUACAUGUACUAGAUGUUGGUGAGGUCGAUUUAAUUAACAAGAUACUGAAAUGAUUGUACCUUAAUUGGCUUAUUGUAGCCGUUCCUACCAUUUGAAUACAUAUAUAUGUUGUGUUUAAUGUAUGUUUUAGAUAGGAUGAGUAAUGGAUUAGCAAAACCUACUUAUUUUGGUUGCUUUUCUGUAAAAUGAAUCUUUUGCCUGGAAAUUUCAACUGUUAUUGAUCGUCUUUAAUAAAAGUUAAACUUCCUACCACAACAUGAUGUGAUUAAACUAUUUUUCUUUUUAUGAACACAAAAGGCAAUGUUUUCUUUUGUGCUACAUGUAAUCGAAUAUACAAAUGUCAAUUUAAAUAAUCUAAAAUAAAAUUUCCAUUAUAUAACGCUUUGAAGUGAACUUUCGUAUACAAUAGUAACGUAUUCAGAAAACUACACGAGUAUUGUAAUACUACAAUGUUUAUUAAAAUCUUAUACACCUAUACACUUGAUUUAACGCAAUAAUACUUCUGAUUUCCUUGAGGUUUGAGUAUGCUGUCGAGUUAAGAAGUCAUUGAUAUUCAUUGAUUGUUGACAUUGGUGUGUGUCCGCAGCUGUCCGAAAUACGGAACUAAUUCCAUCCAAAGAUAAGUAAUUGUUUGAAAGUACGAUAUUUUAUGUUUUCUAAUGAAAUGUUGCAGUAGUUUAACAGAUCGUUGUUGUUUUCCUAUUUUAGAGAGUUUUGAUAUAACGAGAAUCUAUUUCAUAUACAUGUGUGUGUCUCUAAUGGGAAAUAAAUUCAUCCAAAAAUAAA